AUGGUAGCCUCCUGAUGCUGACGUGCACGUGUGUGUACGGCUGUCCGACUGACGAAUAAAUUGGUUUUUGCGGGACGACUUGCUUAGUAUACUGCCUUCAUUUCUCAAAGUAGCUUGUUUUUGUUUAAUUUUCGAACACAUGAAGACCAAAUCGUCGGCUCACAAGACUGAGAACACGCAUCGGUUUCUCACUUUUUCAGAACGUUUAAGCAAUGUAAAUAUUGAUGUUAUACAUCGCAUUGAUAGAACAGGAAGCUAUGCUGAGGAGGUUGAGACAUAUUUUCAUGAAGGACUGGAGAAAUGGAGAGAGCUGAAUCUGACACGGCAUUUUGUGACAUUCUACAGACAAGUAGUCAACAAAUGCCAGUCUUUCAACCAGAUAGUGUACUACCAGAAUGACAUUGUAAAAAGCUUGAAAACCCACCUGCAAGUGAAAAACAGUCUUGCAUUUCAACCCCUUUUGGAUUUGGUAGUACAGCUGGCCCGUGAUCUUCAGACGGAUUUUUAUCCACAUUUUCAAGAUUUUUUUCUCUGCAUUACAAGUCUGUUAGAUACUCAGGACACAGAAUUGCUAGAAUGGGCCUUUACAUCACUUUCUUACCUUUACAAAUACUUAUGGAGACUAAUGGUGAAGGACAUGUCCAAUAUUUACGGAUUGUACAGUACCCUUCUGGCUCAUCGCAAACAGCACAUCAGGAACUUCGCAGCAGAAAGCUUUACCUUCCUGAUGAGGAAGGUUUCUGACAAAAAUGCCCUUUUAAACCUUAUGUUCCUUGAUCUGGGAGAGCAUCCAGAGAAAGUGGAAGGCGUGGGACAAUUAAUUUUCGAGAUGUGCAAGGGGGUUAGAAACAUGUUCCAUUCUUGUGCAGAAAAGGCCAUACUGUUGGUUUUGAAGAAGAUGGGGCCAGUUACAGAAACAGAGGUUAUACUCCCUUGGGUUUCUGUUGGAGAAGUUUGCAAACAUAUGGCACAAUCAGCUGCUAGAUACAUCUACAGGGAACAUUUUGAUGUCUUUUUCAGAUGUUUGCAGGAAUCAGUGUUUCAGUUGCAAGAAAAGAUAACCAAGGACAACUGUUGUGAAGCUUCUGAACAAAUGGAAAGAUUAUUGCAGGUGUACUUGACUAUAGCAGAGUAUGCACGUGGCUCAAAAAUUUCACAAUCUGAAGAAGUUUGUAAGACAUUAACAAAAAUAAUAGAUACAUCUGAUCUCACAGUGCCUUGUUGUGAUACCCUGCUUAAAGUUAUUUCUAUUUUGCUUCUUGAUGAGAAUGUCUUAUUGCCUGAUUCUUUGGUGAAAGAAACUGUUGAAAAGGUCUUCAGAGGUGGAUUUGAAUGGUGUUCUGUUUUAGAUUUUUCUAAAGCUAUGUUUCUAAUGAAACAGUUUGAAAAGCAAUUUCUUCCCAGCCUCCUUGAGUACAUUGAGUACUGUAUCUAUGGAGAUGAUGCUGUGAUCCAAGAAGAGGCCUUAGCAGUUCUCUCUGGACUCAUCCUAAAGAAAGCAGAACCUCCCUCUAUUGGAUCAAUGGCAUUUGAGAAGUAUCCCCUUGUUUUUACAGAAUCAGCUAAAGGACUGAGUAGAAGAUAUUUGAGAAAUAAGAAGAUGGAAGAAAAAGAACAGAAGACUGUGCUAGAUCAUAUUCUGUCUUGCAUCAGAUUACCCAGAAGCAGAAACACAGCUGAUCUUUCACAACCCUGGGCAGCCCUUGUAGUACUUCCACAUAUAAGACCACUUGUGAAAGAAAAAAUUACACCAGCAAUUGCAAGUUUCUCUGAGAGUCUCUUGGCUGCUCUUGACAAAGGACAGUUCUGCAAAGGAAACUUGUUUGUGGCUUGUCAAGCUGUGAGUACACUUCUUAGUUUAGUGGAAUCCUUGGAAAUUCUAGAUACGUUACCAGUGGAACGCAUAAAGACUUUAUUGAUGUAUGUAUACUAGGAAAAUAUUUCCCUAUGGAAUAGCAACCCUAGCUGUAGUUAGCCUACUUUUUGCUAUAAUGUUACCAA